GCGUGUGGGAGCCCUGAUAUGUGCGACGCUCGAGGAGUUUGCGCUCCGGUCAGGCUCGCGCACUGGGAUCCUAACCGUCACCAGCACAUAAAAGCGCGGAUAACGGAGAUGAUUCCCCUCACACAGCAACACGAAACGGAGCAAAGUGUACGCAGAUGGCAGAGAAGAAGUGUCCUGUCAGUUUCCACACACCUCUGGAUGUGACGCGCUCCAAGUAGCGGGAGUUUACCGUGACAGACCGCAGGUGGGAAUUCCCAUAAGAGGAGAGCUCGGGUUUGACUUUUUGUUGGACAUGGGACCAGGUCUUGGCUGUUUUGGAUACGGUACCGGAGGAACCGCGUCUUCUUGAACGGAGAGCUGUCUACAGUAGGACACCGACGAGAUGCGCUCCGACCACGGCUUCAUCCUGCUGCUCCUCAACGGGACAGCCUGCUUGCUGGCUCUAGGACAGGAAGAUACCCACUCGUCAUCUUCCAUCCCCUCAUCUACGUCUAAGUCCUCCUCCUCAGCAGACUCUUCCAAAACUCUGGGGGUUCUGGGAUCUCAGGGUUCGAUUUCACCCCUGAGUCGCUGGGUGAUGCACAGCCGCGGCCGUGCCGCCAACACUUCCACAAUGGAGCUGCCCUAUCGUUCGCCGGUGCCCUUUUCCAAACAGGAAUUUUGGGAGAUGCUGGGCAGCGAUCUUUUCAAAUCAGACACGGACGCAUCUGGGAACUCGCGUGUCAAGCGCCGCCCACCAAUCGUCAAAACUGGCAAAUUUAAGAAGAUGUUCGGCUGGGGCGACUUCUACUCCAACAUCAAGACGGUGCGCCUCAACCUGCUCAUCACGGGUAAGAUCGUGGACCACGGGAAUGGCACUUUCAGCGUCUACUUCCGUCACAAUUCCACCGGCCAGGGGAACAUCUCAGUGAGCCUGGUACCUCCAGUGAAGGCAGUGGAGUUUGACUUGGAGCGCCAGAGCGUCGUAUACCCUAAAGACUCGAAGAUCUUCAACUGUCGUGUAGACUACGAGAAGGUGGACCGCAGCAAACGCACCUCGCUCUGCAACUAUGACCCCUCCAAGACCUGCUUCCAGGAGCAGACACAAAGCCACGUGUCCUGGAUCUGCUCCAAACCCUUUAAGGUCAUUUGUAUCUACAUUUCCUUCUACAGCACAGACUACCGACUGGUUCAGAAGGUCUGCCCAGACUAUAACUACCACAAUGAGAUGCCCUACCUACCCUCAGGCUAGAGCUUCAUGGAGCAAUGGUCUGGGGCAAGGAGGGCUGGUUGGGGGAAAGGAGUUGGUAUACAAAGGAACAGUUCUAUUACGGAUGUGAAGAUGAAUGUGCAAUGCUAAUAUGGGAGGGUUUUUUUAAUCUAAAGACUCUUCAGAAACUUAUCACUGAGCUGAUAUGGAACAACCCCUCAUGAUCUGAACAUCACAGGUGGUUCUCUAAAAGGUGAAUGUACAGUAUUCGAUGUGCUGCAGUUGAUGUCUUGAAGAACCUCUUAAGCAACCUGGCAAAUAUGACCUGCAAAAACACAUAUAUGCAAAACCAAAUGGUCAGGCCCAGGUGCUCAGGGUGGAAGUGUCUGCUACAUCGCUCCGAGUCCCUGAUUGGCUGUGCUUAACAGUUUUCAGUGUUACGGUCUUCUAAUAAACACAUGGGAACAAGAAAAUACGCUGGUCACCACAGGCUGCUAUGCAGAGGUGGAAGACGUUGCUGACUUGGUGUACACUCUUAAAAAUAAUGGUUCUUUUUUGGCAUCUAUGGCUUUUUAAUAUCCAUGGAAGCUUUCCAUUGCACAAAAGGUUCUUUAGAGUGGAAAAAGGUUCUUUAAAUUAUUACUUCACUGAAAGGUUCUUCUGGGAACCAAAAACUGUGGAUCUAUGGCAUCGCUAAAACCACCCCUUUGAACCUUUACUUUUAAGAGUGUAGCUUGUUUUCCCAAAAAACAAACACAGCUAACACAACCUAACACACAAAAUUUACACAGCAUGACUCACUGUCACUUUUUUCACAUCUGUAUAUUAAACGCAAAAACAAAGGAUGACACAAAAAGAAGAAUAAAAGAAAGCCAGAACUUUAAAUGCAGAAUGCAAAAGUCUAAGAACAAAAUUACCAGAUUUCACAAAAAGAUAAAAUAUCAAUGAGAAAGAACCAAUGCAGGAUAGAAAGCACUUUAAUUAAAAAUACAGCACCGAAAAAGAGAUGUUGAGUCUGCAUUGAGCCCAAUCUCUCUAUUGUUCUGACUGUUAGGGAAGAGCAGAAAAGACGUUUUGUUUGGUCAGGAUUCCUGACUUUGUGCUGUGAUAACUGUUCUGCUGAACGCACGAUUGCUUCGUCCUUGUCUGAACAUUCCCUUACAGUCAGCCAGUUUAUCGUUGAGAAAAAACGAGAAAUAUUAUUAUGUUAAUUUUGCAUAAUUUAAUCACACUGCACUGGGAAAGCUUGCAUUACAUUAUAAGAUUUACCUGGCCAAGGCCUUUUCUGGAUGUAAAAAUUACCACAUUAGAUAAACGGCAUUCAAGCUGACCUUCAAUGAAUACACUGUUUAUUGAUAAUUGUUGUGAAGGAAAAACAGUUAUAUAAAAUUCAAGUGGAUUUAGAUAAAAGAUGGGCAGACCUUUUAUGUUACCAGCCAAAAACAGGCCAGGUGAAGAAGGGAAGAAAUGACGGAAGAGGAAAGAGAGAGGAAGGAUGGAAAGUAAAAGACAGCAGUGGGAGUUAUGACGUCUGCAGUGACGAGCGGGUGUACAUGAUAGAGUGAAGAGGAGAAUGAAUGAGGAUAUGGAAGGGGAAAAAUGUGAUGCACAACAUGAGAAAAUGAACAGGAGAUGGAUCAGGAACAAACAGAUGAGAAAGAGAAAGAAUUAAUAUAGGGGAGGGGAAGAGGAGAGAAUCAC